GCGUUUGGUCAGCAGCAGCUGGGCGGAAAAGGCGGGAGAAGACUGCCGCUUCCGCGUCCGCGCAGCACGGGCAGAAGAUCAUUGGGGCAAAAUGGACGAUAAGUUAAUAUUAGCAGUAUUCAACUGUCCAGAGCUCUACAAUGUCACUUUGCCGAAUUACCGCUGCACAGAAAGUAGGGCAAACGCCUGGAGAAACAUCAGCAUGAUACUCGGAAUCACGUCCGAGGAGUGUAAAAGAAAAUGGAAGAACAUGAGAGACCGCUACCUGAAGGAAGUCAGAAUGGAAAACAAAAGCAAGAAGCAAGGGGAGAUCUUUCAAAGCAGAUGGAAAUACAGACAGCUCAUGAAUUUUAUUGCUCCUUUCGCUGGAUCCAGAAGUGGAGGGCCAGAUAUAGCGGGCAACAACGACGAUGACCACGACAAUCUUGACAACGAAUCAAGCAGCCCAGGAGGAGAACCUGCCCCACCUGAGGUGGUCAAGACCUCGCAGUCCCUUGUGAAGUCUGCUAGUCAACAAGACAUCAAGCCACAGGUGGCAUUUAUGACACAGAAUCCUUCGGUACAUCAGGACGCACAGGUCACACAGCUGGCUAAGACCCAACCAGGCUCCCUCUCCAUCAACAAAGCAGGCAGAAAACGGCGCCUCAUGCCAGACUCGCACUCGCUCAAUUCUUCGCAGUCGUCUCCGACUAAGUGGCUGGUCAAAGACAAUGGUUCCACAUUUCCUAACAGGCCGCGGGACGAGGACGAACUGUUUCUGCUGAGCUUUGUACCCGCUCUGAAGCGACUCGCUCCGCAGAAGAGAUGCGAGACAAAAAUGAAGAUUCAGCAGAUAAUGUACGAAGCGGAGUUUAAUGUCACACAUCCGCAAGAGAAACAAGCGGAAACGGAGGAAACGCAGGAGUAGAACUGAAUCCUUUUUUUCUGUUCCCUUUGUCUGAUUUCUAAGAUUGUAUUUCAUAAAACAAGCCAAAACUUUUAGACAUAUGACCAUAUUUGCUCUUUUUCAGCAGUAUCUAAACUUAUCAUCACUCUGCUUUUUUAUCAGCAGAUCUAAAUCUUGUUUGAAAAAACUUUUAUACAUUUACACAUAAAGAGGACAACAGAGACUCUGAGCAUCUUUAUUUACAUGGCUUCACUGUCAAUAGAGUGAAUUCACACAUAGAAAAGUGGCUUAACAAACCACCACUCAUUUCUUAACUAUAUAGUUAUCUACAGUAUUUUAGAUUUUAAUUACAGUAAAACACAGAAAUUAAAGAAUUUCCAAAUUGGAAAGCAACACUGUUUAAUAAGUCAUCUUAGAUCUGCUAACAUGCAAACGAGAAAGUUUCAUUUUCUGUAAAAUAAAGACAAUGUAUGACA